AUGUCAUCUAUCACACUUCGUACUCCUCUGCGUCGCCUACCGCUUUCUGCUCGUCAGACAUGUUACAGCAGCUGUAGACAGUUCAGCUCCUCCACAUUCCGCGCAAAGGAGAUUCAGGACGCAUACAUUCUCAGCGCUGUUAGAACGCCUGUCGGAGUCCUCGGCUCUUACGCGAUAAAGGAAGCCAUUGCCCGUUCAUCCGUACCCGCCGAGCACAUCCGCGAUGUCUACAUGGGUCAGGUCUUGCAAGGAGGCGUUGGUCAAGCACCAGCAAGACAAGCAGCGCUCUUUGCUGGCCUCGAUUCCUCGGUAGAGGCAACAACGAUCAACAAAGUAUGCGCCUCAGGCAUGAAGGCUGUCUCAAUAGCCGCCAUGAAGAUUCAACUUGGCCUCGCCGAAGCACAAGUCGCAGGAGGAAUGGAGAACAUGAGCCAAGUACCAUACUACCUGCCACGGUCAUCUCAACUUCCUCNNCCUUUUGGCAACAUCAAGCUCGAUGACGGUUUGAUCAAGGAUGGUCUAUGGGAUGUAUACAACCAGAUCCACAUGGGCAACUGCGCCGAGAAGACGGCCAAGGACCACGGUGUCACUCGUGAAGAUCAGGAUGAAUACGCCAUUCAGAGUUACAAGCGCGCACAAGAAGCCUACAAGCAGGGCCUCUUCCAGGAAGAGAUGGUGCCGGUCACGAUCAAGGGCAAGAAGGGCGAUACAGUUGUCUCAGAAGACGAAGGUGUAUACAGACUCAAGCUCGAGAAGGUGCCUACCCUGAAGCCUGCGUUUGACAAAUCUGGCUCAGGUACCGUGACAGCGGCCAACAGCUCAGGACUCUCAGAUGGAGCAUCUGCACUGGUCCUGGGUAGCAAGGAGAUGGCCAAGAAGUACGGCAAAGGCAACAAGUUGCUCGCUCGCAUUGUAGCAACAGCAGACGCAGCAGUCGACCCCAUCGACUUCCCCAUUGCACCAUCCAAAGUGGUCCCCAUCGUACUCGAAAGAGCAGGCAUCACCAAGGAGCAGGUCAAGGUGUGGGAGUUCAACGAGGCCUUCGCCGCCGUGAUCAAGGCAAACGCCAAGGUACNNAUUCUUGGCCUCGGUAUGGACAACGUCAACCCCAGAGGUGGUGCAAUUUCUCUGGGCCACGCGUUGGGAAGCUCAGGCUCCAGAAUUUUGGUGACGCUGUUGCAUCAGCUGAAUAAGGGCGAAUACGGAUGCGCUGCCAUCUGCAACGGAGGCGGUGCAUCGACGGGCAUUGUGGUGCAGAUGGUGGACGCAGAUGAGUUGUGA